ACAAAGGAGAAGAAGAAGAGAACCAGAGUCUCUCAGAGAGAAUCAAUUUCACUUUUUCUAGGGUUUGUUUUUAGGUUUUGUGGAACUGAGAAGCCAUGUCGUCGACGACCACCAACAAAGCGGGAGCGGCGUCGGCCCAGCAGAGCAAUGCGAAGCCGGGGCUCCGGAAGCCCGUGUUCGUCAAGGUGAGCGAUCUCAAGCCCGGAACGAGUGGCCACACUCUCGUCGUCAAGGUCAUCAACGCCACCACCGUCUUGCAGAAGGGCCGAUCGGUGUCGCAGCACCUCCGCCACACCCGAAUCUCAGAGUGCCUCAUUGGUGAUGAGACCGGGACCAUUCUCUUCACUGCCAGAAAUGAGCAAGUUGAUUUGAUGAAGCCUGAUACCACUGUUAUUCUCCGCAAUGCUAAGAUCGACAUGUUUAAGGGAUCCAUGAGGCUAGCAGUUGACAAAUGGGGCCGUAUUGAGGUGACUGAGCCUGCAAAGUUUGUAGUGAAGGAGAACAACAAUCUCUCUUUAGUUGAAUAUGAGCUGGUGAGUGUUGUGGAGGAAUGAAUAGGGUCUCUUUGCUGCUAGUAUAUUUUGAGAGAAGAAUCAAAAUUCAUAAGGUUUUGAUGGUUGGUUUUGUUCCCAUUACUUGGUGACAUGCUGUUACUGCUGCUUGGUUAUGUCGUAUUGGUGAAAUGCUUAGUUUGAUUUUGGGAUUGGUUGGAAGAUGUUUAUGAGAAAAGACUUGGUGAUUUUAAUAUAAUUAUGAUGUAGGUUUUGGUUGGAUAUAGGCAGGAACAGCUUGUGCCUUAAGGUGGAAAUGUAACUUGAUUUUCAUCACUAAGAAAGUGCUUCACUUCUUUCUUCUC